GAUUGAAUUGAAAGUCAAUGCCUUUUUGUUUCUUUUUUGUUCAAGCUAAAUCAUUGAUUUUCUGUUGGUAAUUCUGUGUAUGCUUCUUUGAAUUGUCAAAAAAAUUGAUUCUUACUUUGAUUUAACUGUCUUUUGAGGAAGCUGGUUUUGUUUCACCCUUCUAUGGAUUCUGCUAAUGUGGAUAGUGACAUAGUGUUUCAGAUUUUGUUCUGCUUCAUCAUAACCAUUUUGAUUUGGUUGUAAUUUUGGUUUUUUCAUAGACACAGUAUCAUGUGAGAUGAUUAUAGCUGAGUUGAGUUGACAUUCUGUUCUCAUCCUGAAUUCAUGAUAUGUGGUUGCUACCUCAUGGCAUACAGAGAGAAAGAGAAAUUUUGAGAUCAUGGUCCAUAGUCUAUAAUUUUUCCGACUCGGUGACCCGCAUUUUUCGAUUUAACCAACAUGAAUCAAGGUAAUUGAAUAACUCUGCUGGGAGCGUCCAUCUCGAAGACUCGAAUAUUUGGAUCUUUGAUUUGAGGUAAUAGGAGCAUCAUGGCUCAGAGACUUGAAGGUAUUAAGGGUGGAGGAGGAUCCAUCAAGCUUGGGACCACUGGAACAAUCAGUUCCUUAAUGACAAGAGAAUUGGAUCAAAUCUCUUCUAUACCACAUAAGCAGGUACCUUCAACUUCAAGAAGUAAACCUAGAACACUUCCAGUUUCUGUUCCCUGUAGUAGUACAAGUACAAUCCCAAAAAGACUACAACCAAGAAAAUCAUCAGAUGAAGCCAGUAGCAGCAGCAGAAGCAGUAAAAGUACUACAAACCAUAGAAUCACUGGGGAUGUGAUGUCCCAGAAAACAAAAGCUAAUGGCAGAAAAACCCAUAGAACACCCAUGCUUGGUUCUGAUAACUUUGACAGAAGUCCAGUCAUUGAGAAAAAUAAUAAAAAGAUACCUAACAUUGUUGAAGUUGUGGACAUAAAAUGUGGGAAGGCAGAGAAGGCUUGGGCUACCCCUUUAACGAGUCGUCUUAAGAAGCUCGGUUUCUCAAAGCUCUCUGAGAGCAUUAUCUAAACAUGGAAAUUUUUUGUAUCAGACCUCAGGUUCCUAUAACUGAAAGAUGAAGUCCCAUUUGGCCUACCCUGGUCUGAUACAUCCACCAUAGAGCACAUGCUUGGUAGGAGCUUGCUACUUCCGCGCUUUUUCUUUGUAUUUUCUGCUGUGGAUGCAAUGGUGCAUCUUGAAGUUGUGCUGAUAGAGGAACCAACAUCUGUGAUUUUGGACUUGUUCCUAUGUGGCCUGUCUUGGGAAUUUAAUUCAAUCCGGCUUAAGUACUCAAUCUCUUGCAUUAUGAGCGACGCAACUGUGCCCCGGGUGCCUAUUUCUACCGGAGGAAAUCCAGCUAUCUCCUUUGGGUCAAGGGUAGUGGAUUUAUGCAUGCUUUCUGUGGCUGGUGUUGAGGAUAAAGCAAAUUCUUCUGAUUUGAGAAGGGUUGUUUGCGGUUUUGUUCUCAUGGGUAAACUGCAGAGAGACUCGGGCAUUUUCUUUUGUUUCAAGAGAUUUUGUUUCAAAGAAUUCUUCACCUUAUCUGACUGCAUGGCAUGAGGUUGUGUAGUUGGGAGAUUGGUUAAUAACAAUGUCACACCAAUCAUGUGCUUGCAGUUAUAGCACAAGAGCUCCUAACUACUGUACCAUCCUUUUAUCUACUUUAAGUUUCACCAUGUUUCUAGGUACAUUACAUGCUAGGUCAUUGUUUGGAAGUUGGAACUCUUGUCAAUUUGUAGUGGAUCUGAUGGGAUUCAUGUGAAUGGUUCCAUUGAUGUUUUGAGUAAGUUGGUGUUGUAUUCUGGUGUCUUAAUUGGCAAGGAAUAGUAGGCUAACUAGGUCAGGAAAGCAACUAGUUAUUAGAGUGCUUUUUCAGAUUUUGGAAGUAUGGAUGGCUUUAUUUGAGUUGGCUCUAUCUACUUUGUAAUUUAUAUUUAUAUGAGAUUAUGUGGGGUGUGGGAAA